AUGUCAAUGCAUCAAACAAAUUCGACUAGUGAGUCGACCCCAACUGAGGCCCGCAGAGGCCCAGGUAUCGAGAAGGAUGAUCACACUUCACUACCGGCCGUAGAGGUUGCCAUGAAUGAACCUCCCGAUGGGGGUCGUGAUGCAUGGUUGGUUACCUUUGGUAGCUGGUGGGCCCUCUUUAUAGCUUUCGGCUGGACAAAUUCUCUCGGAGUAUUUCAGAAUUAUUACGAAAAAGAGUUAUUGCAUGCUUACUCUGCAUCUACAAUUGCUUGGAUCGCAUCCACCCAAAUCUUCAUGAUGUACGGUGGCGGAAUUGUCUUGGCUAAGGUGUUUGAUCACUAUGGGCCCCGGUGGCUGCUGCUUGUCGGCGGAUUUGCCCACGUGUUUGGCUUGAUGAUGACCUCCAUCUCUAAGGAGUAUUAUCAAAUAUUCUUGUCUCAAGCUGUCUGCAGUGCUUUAGGUGCUAGCGCCAUCUACUAUGCCUGCCUGGGCUCACUUGCUAGCUGGUUUCGGAGGAAACGCGCGACUUCUUUUGGAUUGGCUGCCUCUGGUGCUUCUAUUGGUGGUGUCAUCUUCCCUGUAAUGGUUGACUGUCUCAUCAGCCGUAUUGGCUUCGGCUGGACUAUGCGCGCGGUUGCCUUCCUUAUUCUGGGGGGUCUUAUCAUAGUCAAUCUGACCGUGAAGUCGCGGCUGAUUCACAAACAAAAGCCAGUCCAUAUUCGACAAUAUCUUAAGCCGUUCACGGAGAUUCCGUUUCUGCUUCUGGUUAUCUCGCUAUCGCUCUUUUCGUUUGGAUUAUUCCUGCCCUUCAACUUUAUUACCGCUCAAGCGCAAACCCUUGGCAUGUCUUCUAAAUUGGCGAACUAUCUUGUGGCGAUUCUUAACGCAACCAGUGUCUUUGGUCGUAUUAUUCCGGGUCUGAUUGCCGACCGAGUCGGUCGGUUCAAUGUCAUGUGUGUGGCAACCCUAACUUCGGGUAUCCUCACCUUCGCACUAUGGCUUACCGGCCGCUCAAACGUAGCCGUUAUCCUAUAUGCUGCAUUCUUCGGUUUCUUUUCCGGUGCUUAUGUCUCCUUGACACCAGCUCUGAUUGCCCAAUUGUCUCCUAUCCAGGAGAUAGGCAUUCGCACGGGAGCUUUAUACUUUCUUGUGUCGAUCGCUGUGCUUACAGGCAGUCCAAUUGCUGGCGCACUGGUUUCUGUGGACAAGGGUAAUUAUGGUUAUUUGGAGAUUUUUGCGGGGGCCACUAUGUGUGCCGGUGCCGUUUUGGUCGUCCUGACUCGUGUUGUGAAGGGAGGAUUCAAGUGGACUGUUUUGUAG